GAGUUUGGGCUGGGUUUUUUUCCCCGACUGUGACAUCUGCCAGCUAAACGUGAAAGCUUAGCAGGGAGGCGUGACAGAUGCCCUGCCGCUGACCUGAGGGGUGCUUUGGUUCAGGCAUCACCGACCAGCGGGCCCGGCGAUACCAGCCCUGCCGUGCAAACCGUGAGAACCCUGCGAGGCCGCAUCUUCCCAGGGACCGGGGAGUCUGAGCCACGCCUUAUCAGGAGAUAACAGCACCAGCCUGAGCUGGGACUAGGCAAAACUAAAACUGAUGUCGUGCCCGGAGGAACUGGCUGCUCUGACAGAUGAGGACCUGCUUGACUUCCUCCUGAAGGAUGAUGCUCCCUGCCCUGAAAUCCCAGGGGAGGAGAACAGCUUGCUGCUGGAAGACUGGGUCCUGCCAGAGCCUGAGCUCCUGGACAAGGAGAUGGAUGACUUCAUCAACUCCCUGCUGAGUCCCUUUGAAGAUGAACCAGCCAUGCCACAGGAUUAUUCUCCUGCUGACAGCGACAGUGGCAUUUCUGAGGAUCAGCAUCUGUCCCACAGCCCUGGCAGUGACUUUGCCAGCAGCCCUCAGAGCCUAGACAUCGUGCAGGUUGAUCACAACUAUUCUCUCCAUUGGGGCUGGCCAGUGCUGGAAAGCGUGAGGUCUGACAUGGCAGAAGGAGAUGUUUCCAUUGACCUUGGGACAUGGAUCGGUUUGGAAGGCACAAGCGAGGCACUGGAACAGAGCUCCAGUUUCCCCAUUGCUGUUGCUGUGGAUGCUGAACCCCAGCUUGUGCCUGGAGCCAUUGUGCAGUCUGACUUCCCAGAGCUGGUUCUGACAGAGGAGGAGAGGCAGCUCCUGGAGAAAGAAGGUGUUUCAUUACCAACCUGUCUGCCACUGACCAAAGCUGAAGAGCGACUUCUGAAGAAAGUGCGUCGGAAGAUCCGGAACAAGCAGUCAGCCCAGGAUAGUCGUCGCAGGAAAAAGAUCUAUGUGGAUGGCUUGGAAAACAGGGUGGCAGCCUGCACAGCUCAGAACCAUGAGCUGGAGAAGAAGGUGCAGCUGCUGCAGAAGCAGAACAUGUCACUGCUCCAGCAGUUGAGGAAGCUGCAGGCCUUGGUCAGAUCAUCCACCACCAAAACUACCACAGCAAAAACCUGCAUCAUGGUUGUGGUUCUGUCCUUCUGCCUCAUUCUUCCCCCCAGCAUCUGCUCGUUUGGGAGAAGAGAACCACAGGCAGAGCUCAGAGUGCUGUCGCGGCAGAUCCGUGAGUUCCCAAACCGAGUAGCACCUGAUGUGCAGGAGGGCACUGUGCUGGAUGGGUUCAGCACAGAGCCUGAGGACCUCCCGCUGUUGGGCAACCUUAAUCAAUCACGGGAAGAGGGACAGGGUCCACUCAGCCCCGAUCCCAGAUCUUCUUUCAACAGCAACUCGUCCUCCGACCCUCUGACGGCAGCGGACUCCGAGCUGGGCCCUCCCCAGCCUCAGGAGCAGCACUCCCAGAGCGACCCUUUGCAGACAGUGGUGCCGGCAACGUGGAAAGCCAAUAGGCAGGAGUGGGUGGAAAGUGCUGCCAGAGUUGUGAUCCAGCAGCACCGUGCAGAUGAGAUGUGACCACCGCUGCCUCCUGCUUCUCAGGGUGAUGCCAGGCACCCUGCCGGGCAGGGACAAACAGAGCUGCAUUAACAGAUAAUCCAUCAAAGCAGAUUCUUCUGAAUACUCUCCCAAUUGCUGGCAGCUCAGAGGGUUUACCAGGGAGGAAUCGUCGUAGGGUUGACAUGUACUGACACUCUGCUCUGUGUAUCUGUAGCAGGACUCUACCUGAGACAGGGUAGGAAACUCCAGGAACUUUGCUAUGGCUGCUGACGUGGCCUGCAGCCCGGGGUGUGCCCCCUGGCUCGCAGGGAUGAGCUCUGGCAUGGAGGGUGAAAGCAGUUGGGCCUGAGGUGCCUGUGUUUGGUCUGACUGAAUGCAGUUGGUGAUGGAGGCUGCUGCCCUGCUUCUUCCCUGCCCAGGUGGAGGUGCACAGGCUGGGUCCUGCACUUCUUACUGUGUCUGGUGGCCGCAAACAUCUGUCCCUUGUUCCUUCCCCUUAAUCCUGCAGGAUUGCCUGAUUUCUAGGUCCGAGAUAGCGAGCUGACCUUCAGUGCUCUCACAGGGAGUGGUCCUGCUGUUGUGACAGACCCUGCGUAUGGCCUGUUCCUGCUAGCUUUUGAGCCACGGGCACAGCUCCUGCCUGGCUAGGGAAGGUAAUGUGGAGUCCUUCCCCAGCUGUGUGUGCUGUUUCCCUUCUGUAGGGGCUGAGCCUUUCACCUCCCAAAGCCCUGGGAGCAGAGCUCCUCUCCUUGGGGAGAAGGCAUGCCUCGAACCUGACUGCUGAGGUGGUGUGGAGCAGAGAGCAGCAGAGCUGCUUGCCCUUCCAAAAGCUUUCCUGGCCACAGGAUAGUUUCAAAGCUGUGUCCUUGUGUGCGCUGGCCGGUGAUGCAGUCAGGUGGCUCUAGUUGCUCCCCAGGACUGAGCAGAAACACUUUGAUCUGGUGAGUGGCAUCUUUCCUGGAGUACAGCUUAGUGGUACCUGUUGAGCAUCGCUCCUCAUCCUGCUUCAGGACAUUUCAUAGAAUCAUAUAGAAUGCUUUGGGUUGGAAUGGACCUUUAAAG